GUGCGUACGCGAAACGUCAUAAAGCUCUAUUGUUUGUGUUCACAUUUCUGGAGCAACAUUUGAAAUGGGCGAAUAAGCAUUUUGACAGUUGGAACUAUUUUGCAAUUUCUGAGACUACACAGAUUACUUUAGCUGGCCUUUCCAGCUCCCUUUCAACACAGCUGUCAAAAUGCUUGCGCGACCUUUUAAAAUGUUGCUCCAAAAUUUUGUGUUGAUUCGACUGAGGGUGUGGCAGUGUUGCCAAACGCGUUUCUAUUUCAGAAACCUCCAUUUUAAAAUCCAAAUCUAACAUUUUUCCCUUUUUCGUUUCCCCUCUUCCCGCUGCUCUCUCAUUUCUUCCCCUCGCAGGCAUGGGCACCCGCUUCGACGACAACCGGCUCACGCUGCGCAUUCACCGGGGCCGCGGUUCCACUGCCAGCGCCCACGGCCCCAACCCGGUUCCGGCGUCCGUAACGGCGGCGGCCGCCGCCUCCUCCUCUCACCUGCACGAGUCCCCGCACAGCAACGGAAGCACGCACAGCACCACCACCAGCAUCGGAAGUGCCUCGCCGGAGCGGCUGUCCCGGUACUCGACCCGCUGCAAGAACCACGAGAAGAUCAAGAUUUCCGUGUCGUACCCGUCGACGGAGAACUUGGCGACUGGGGGUGGUGGGAGUGGGGUCGGGGAGGGGAGCAAGCUGCUGUACGCGGUCCACUACUCGUCGAACGGGGGGAAGGAGCACACGGCGUCGCAGAUCUUCCGGAGGUCGUCGAAGGACAAGCGAGGGGGGAAGGGGAAGCAGGGCGAUCAGGGUCAGCAGAAGGAGUACUUGACGGUGGACGGGAGGGAGCGGAGUUUGCUUUCGCCGAGGUCGAGCAAACGGAUGGGCAAGCGGAACAUUAAGGCGCAGGUCAAGCGGUUCCGGAUGGAGACGAAGGCGGCCAAAACGCUCGCCAUCAUCGUGGGCCUGUUCAUCCUGUGUUGGUUGCCCUUCUUCACGAUGUACCUGGUCCGGCCGUUCUGCGAAGACUGCAUCAACGAAACGCUCUUUUCGAUCCUGUUCUGGCUCGGCUAUUGCAACUCGGCGAUCAACCCGAUGAUCUACGCGCUCUUCUCCAAGGACUUCCGGUUCGCGUUCAAGCGGCUCAUCUGUCGGUUCUUCUGCUCGGCAGAACCGAUCGCGCGACCCGCCAGCCGUCGCGGCUCCGACAUGUCCCAGAUUCGCGGACAUCACGGAAGUCGCGCCCCGAGCAUCUCCCCCUCCGCCGCGGCCCAGUCCCUCGGCGAGGACAGCGAUCCGAUGAUGACGCUGGCCGGCGAUCUGUCCGACAGCAGAUGACGCCGCUCGUACGGGCCGAGCAUCAGUUCCAACUCUAGUCCCGGCGCGGGCUGCCGGAAGAAUAGCAGUAUUAGUACGGGUACCGGAACCACUUCCGGUGGGGGUGGAGGAGGGGGACGCGUUCCGGUGUACGACAUUUGCCAUCCGCUGGUGAUGGAGGGGCCAGGGUUUGGGGCGUACGGGAGUACCGGGGGAAAGCAGCAGGAGGACAACAGAGGGGGUGGUGGUGGUGGCCGGAAGGACAGCUUUGCCGACGGGGGGAUUGGGGGGACGGGGUUGGUGGCGCGGACGAACAUGUGAUCGUUCUGGAGCAGGAGAUUGCUGCAUUUUUGUGAUCGGUCGUGAUGUGGUGGAAGGUUUCGUUGAAAGGUGAGAUUCGAUCAAUUUACGGGACUAGGGAUUUGGCAACACUUUAGUUCAACAAUUUUGACAUAUCUGUACACUCUUAUUUAAAACGACCAAAUUGUAUAAAUUUCAAGCAAAACCAAACCAAUGUAUGAUAUUUUUUAAUUGAAAAAAAUAUUCAAAUUUUCAUCAUUCAAACGAAGUAAAAUUUGGCAUGCUUUUCACUUUAUUUGAUUUUUUAAAUAUAAAAAUGUUCGCAAAUUACCGUAUUAUUCGAAAAUACUCACAUUUUCAAAACAUGCUAUAUGUGUAUCAAACGAAGUCACCCCGUUUUA